AUGGAAAACAUUCAUUAAAUAGUCUCAAAAAGACAAACAUUUGAAAAGAUCGAACAUUGGAUAACUGAAAAUGAGAAAACCGAAAUCCCUGUCAAAGUUCUCAUCGGAAACAAGAUCGAUCUCUAUGCCAGUAAUAAAGGAGGAGUGUCGAAGUCAGAAGCCAUCGGUAUGGCUCGUAAAUACGGGAUGGAAUAUUUUGAAGUUUGUUCUAUUGGAGAUACUUCAAUCGCCCCAGUUUUUGAUUAUCUAUUCUCUACUAUCAUAGGGUAGAUUCCAAAUCCACCCACUCCUUUGUCCCUGAUGGGAAAAGGCAUCCUGAUUGGAAAACGGCUGCUCAACUCGUCCAAAUAUCAAUUGGCUCUUUGUGAUAUAGCAUCACUUUAUGAAUGA